CCAGUGCCCAGCUGCCCCACCUUGCCAGAGCCCAGCUGAGCAGCCAGCGAGGACACACGCCUCCUGCCCACCACGCCCGACGGCCCUCCUGCGCCUGCCGAGCCCAGCCUGAGCUGGCACCUGCCUUUAGCACCAUGUUCAAGGGGCUGAGCAAAGGCUCCCAAGGGAAGGGGUCCCCGAAGGGCUCCCCAGCCAAGGGCUCCCCUAAGGGCUCCCCCAGCAAGCACAACCGGGCUGCCACCCAGGAGCUGGCCCUGCUCAUCUCCCGCAUGCAGGCCAGCGCUGACCAGGUGGAGAGGGAUGUCCUGGAGACCCAGAAGAAGCUACAGCAGGACCGGCUGCGCAGCGAGCAGAGCCAGGCCCUGCAGCACCGGCAGGAGGCGGGCCGCAGCCUGAAGGAGGCCGAGGUGCUGCUGAAGGACCUCUUCCUGGAUGUGGACAAGGCCCAGCGGCUCAAGCACCCACAGGCAGAGGAGAUCGAGAAGGACAUCAAGCAGCUGCACGAGCGGGUGACCCAGGAGUGUGCCGAGUACCGCGCCCUGUAUGAGAGGAUGGUGCUGCCUCCUGACAUGGGGUCCAGGAUUGACUGGGCCCGUGUGCUGGAGCAGAAACAGAAGCAGGUCUCUGAGGGCCACUACGGGCCAGGCGUGGCGGAGCUGGAGCAGCAGAUUGCUGAGCACAACAUCCUGCAGAAGGAGAUGGAGGCCUAUGGGCAGCAGCUGCGCAGCCUCAUAGGGCCGGACGCAGCCCCCAUCAGGAACCAAUACCGGGACAUACUGAAGGCGGCCUCGUGGCGCGGGCAGAGCCUGGGCAGCCUGUACACGCACCUGCAGGGCUGCACACGCCAGCUGAGCGCCCUGGCCCAGCAGCAGCGCCGCAUCCUGCAGCAGGACUGGAGCGACCUCAUGGCGGACCCCGAGGGCGUGCGGCGGGAGUACGAGCACUUCAAGCAGCAGGAGCUGCUCAGCCAGGAGCAGUGCGUGAACCAGCUGGAGGACGACGGCGAGCGCAUGGUGGAGCUCGGGCACCCAGCUGUGGGGCCCAUCCAGGCCCACCAGGAGGCCCUGAAGAUGGAGUGGCAGAACUUCCUGAACCUGUGCAUCUGCCAGGAGAGCCAGCUACGGCACGUGGAGGACUACCGCAGGUUCCAGGAAGAGGCCGACUCCAUCAGCCAAACCCUGGCAAAGCUUAACUCCAGCCUGGACACCCAGUGUAGCCCUGCCCCUGGGGGCCCCCCUGGUACCCCCACAGAGCUGCUGCAACAGCUGGAGGCAGAGCAGCAGCAGCUGGCCAUCGCCGAGAAGACUGUUGGGGACCUGCAGCGGCAGAGCCAGGAGGUGGCCCCUCUGCAGCAGCGCAGGACCCCUCCCCAGCAGCCCCUGCAAGUGGACAGCAUCUGUGACUGGGACUCUGGAGAAGUGCAGCUGCUGCGGGGUGAGCGGUAUACGCUGAAGGACAACACGGACCCGCACACCUGGGUCGUGCAGGGCCCAGGUGGGGAGACCAAGCAUGCCCCAGCCGCCUGCUUCUGCAUCCCGGCUCCAGACCCUGCAGCCGUGGCCAGGGCCUCCAAGCUGGCCUCAGAGCUGCAGGCCCUGAAGCAGAAGUUGGCCACAGUCCAGAGCCAUGUGAAGGACAGUGCUGUGCACCCCUUACGACAUGGCCAGCAGGCUCCGACCAACUCAGCCCCAGUCGACCCACAGGCCAGGAAGCUCCUGACACAGAUGACCCAGCUGGACAGGGACCUGGGGCAGAUAGAGGAGCAGGUGCUGGCCUGGGCCCGGGCCCCGCUGAGCCGCUCAGCUCCGCUGGAGGACCUGGAGGGUCGCAUCCAAAGCCACAAGGACACAGUGCAGCGGCUGCAGAACCUGGGAGCAGAGAAGGAGGCCGCCCAGCAGGAGUGUGAGGAGUCUCUGUCUGCACGGCCUGUGGGCCCUGAUGCUCUGCACCUGCCUGUGGCCCUCAACAAUGUCAAGAACAAGUACAGAGACAUGCAGAUUCUCUGCAACCUCUAUGGAGAGAAAGCCAUGGCCGCCCUGGGUCUGGAACGGCAGAUCCAGGACGCAGACAGGGUCAUCCGAGGCUUUGAGUCUUCCCUGGUGCAGGAGGCCCCCAUCCCUGCUGGCCCGGGUGCACUGCAGGAAAGGGUCGGCGAGCUUCAGCGCCAGCGGAAGGAGCUGCUGGGGCAGCGGGCCUGUGUGCUGGGGCUGCACCGGGAGCUGAAGGCCACUGAGCACGCGUGUAGCGCGCUGCAGAACAAUUUCCACGAGUUCUGCCAGGACUUGCCUCGCCAGCAGCGCCAGGUGCGGGCCCUCACCGACCGCUACCACGCCGUAGGGGACCAGCUGGACCUGCGGGAGAAGAUGGUGCAGGAUGCCAGCCUCACCUACCAGCAGUUCAAGAACUGCAGGGACAACCUGAGCUCCUGGCUGGAGCACGUGCCCGGCAACCAGGUGUGGCCCAGUGACGGGCCCAGCCAGAUCUCCUACAAGCUGCAGGAGCAGAAGAGGCUGCUGCAGGAGAUCCAGGGCCAUGAGCAGGACAGAGCUGCGGCGUGCCGUCUCUCCCAGGAGCUGCAGGCAGCUCUCCAGGACUAUGUGCUGCAGGCAGACACCUACUGCUAUUCCCUGGAGCCCACGCGGGCAGGGCCAGCCCCCAAGAGACCCCGAGCGGCUCCCCUGCAGGAGAGCAUCCAGGCCCAGGAGAAGGACCUGACUAAAGCCUAUACUGAGUUUGCAGCUGCCCACCAGCAGCAGCUGCACAGGCUGGAGUUUGCCAGAAAGAUGCUGGAGAAGAAGGAGCUCAGUGACGACAUCCAGGUGACCCAUGAUGCACAAGCAGGGAAGGAGGCAGAGGCCCUGAAGUCCCAGCUGGAGGAGGAGAGGAAGCGGGUGGCCCGGGUGCAGCAGGAGCUGGAGGAGCAGAGGAACCAGUUACUGAAGUUGAAAACCCAGCAGCCCUUGGAGAGGCUGGAAGAGAGGGAAGUGGUGGAGUUCUACCGGGACCCCCAGCUGGAAAGCAGCCUGUCCAGGGUGAACUCCCAGGUGGAAGACGAGGGCAGGAAGCGGGCCGUCCUGCAAGCAGACUUGGAGGUAGUGGCCCAGAAGGUCGUCCAGCUGGAGAGCAAGAGGAGGGAUGUGCAGCCUCAUCUGCUGACCAAGGAGGUCACCCAGAUUGAGCGGGACCCUGGCCUGGAAAGCCAAGUGUCGCAGCUCAGCAGUGAGACCCAGCACCUGCGGGAAGAGAACAUUGCUGUCUUGGCCCGGCUGGAGGAGCUAAAGGAGGAGCUGCUGGCCCUUGAGCAGAAGGAGGCAAACGUGAAGGAAAAGGUCGUGGUGAAAGAAGUGGUCAAGGUGGAGAAGGACCUGGAGAUGGUCAAGGCGAUCCAGGCCCUGAGGCUGCGGACUGAGGAGGAUGCUGCACAGAGGAAGGGGGCAGAGGCAGCCGUGGCCAAGCUGCAGGCUCGCAUUAAAGACCUGGAGCGGGCAAUCAGCGCUGUGGAGCCUAAGGUGAUCGUGAAGGAGGUGAGGAAGGUGGAGCAGGACCCGGGCCUUCUCAAAGAGGUGUCCCAGCUGAGGAACCUUCUCGAGGAGGCGAGAAGUAAGAAUGAGACGCUGGCCCAGGAGCUGCAGGGACUGCACAGCAAGCACAGCGUGGUAGAGAAGCAGAAGCCCAAAGUGGAAUUCCAGGAGCGUGUCCACGAGACCUUCCACGUGGCCCCGGAGACAGAGCAGGAGAUGGUUCGGCUCAGGGCUGAGCUGCAGGAAACCGCCAGCAAGAGGAGCAGGGUGGAGGGAGAGGUGGGGCGGCUGCUGGCAGAGCUGGCUGUCCUGCGCUCCCAGAAGCCCGAGGUGGAGUACAAGCAGGUGACACAGGAGGUGGUGAAGCACGAGAGGAGCCCUGAGGUGCUGCGGGAGAUCGACCGCCUGAAGGCUCAGCUCAACGAGCUGGUCAACGGCAGCGGGCGGGCCCAGGAGCAGCUCAUCCGGCUGCGGGGGCAGCGCGACGAGUGGAGGCGGGAGCGGUCCAAGGUGGAGACCAAGACGGUGAACAAGGAGGUGGUGCGCCACCAGAAGGACCCCGUCCUGGAGAAGGAGGCUGCACGGCUCCGCCAGGAGGUGCGAGAAGCAGCUCAGAAGAGGCGCGCCAUGGAGGAUGUUGUCUACGAGCUGCAGAACAAGUACCUGCUGCUGGAGAGGAGGCGGCCCGAGGAGAAGGUGGUGGUGCAGGAAGUGGUGGUCACCCAGAAGGACCCGAAGCUCCGCGAGGACCACGGCCGGCUGAGCCGGACUUUGGAUGAGGAGGCGGGCCGGCGGCGGCAGCUGGAGCGGGAGGUGCAGCAGCUGCGGGCCGGCGUGGAGGAGAAGGAGGGCCUGCUCAGCUUCCAGGAGGACCUCGGCAAGAAGCUGGCUGCGGAGAAGGAGCGGCGGCAGCUGACCUUGAGGAUCCAGGAGCUGGAGAGGCGGCCUGCUGCGGCGCAGGAGAAGAUCGUCAUGGAAGAGGUAGUCAAGCUGGAGAAAGACCCAGAUCUGGAGGAGUCCACGGAGGCCCUGCGGCAGGACCUGGACCAGGAGAAAACCCGGGUGAUGGAGUUGCAUCGGGAGUGCAAGAACCUGCAGGUCCAGAUCGACAUCCUCCAGAAAACCAAAUCUCAGGAGAAGACUAUCUACAAGGAAGUGAUCUUGGUAGAGAAAGACCGGGUGCUGGAGGGGGAGCGGUCCCGGGUGUGGGAGGCGCUCAACAGGGAGCGCGUGGCCCGGCAGAACCGGGAGAAGGAGGUGCUGCACCUGCAGGAGCGGAUUGACGGGGCCGAGGCGCUGAGGAGGACCUGGUCCCGGGAGGAGGCUGAGCUCCGGAAGGCCCGCGACCAGGCCAGCCAGGAACACAGCCAGCUGCAGCAGGAGCUGCAGGAGCUGGAGAGGCAGAAGCAGCGAGCGGUGCUCCAGCUGCAGGAGGAGUCCGAGCUGCUCAGCCGGAGGACGGACAGCGAGCGGCAGAAGGCAGCCCAGCGGGACCAGGAGCUCUCGCAGCUCGAGGCAGCCGUCCUCCGCGAGAAAGACCAGAUUUACGAGAAGGAGCGGGCCCUCGGGGACCUUCACACCCAGCUGAGCCGAGAGGAGCUCAACCAGGAGACCCAGACGCGAGAGACCAACCUGUCCACCAAGAUCGCCAUCUUGGAACCUGAGACGGGGAAGGACAUGUCCCCGUACGAGGCCUACAAGAGGGGCAUCAUCGAUGGAGGUCAGUACCUCCAGCUCCAGGAGCUCGAGUGUGACUGGGAGGAGGUCACCACCUCGGGACCCCGUGGGGAAGAGUCUGUUCUCCUGGACCGCAAGAGCGGGAGGCAGUACUCCAUCGGGGCCGCCCUGCGCUGCCGGCGCAUCUCCAAGGAGGAGCACCGUCUCUACAAGGACGGCCAGCUCCCCAUCUCCGAGUUUGCCCUGCUUGUGGCGGGAGAGACCAAGCCCUGCUCCUCCCUCUCCAUUGGCUCCAUCAUCUCCAAGUCCCCGCUCGCCUCCCCGGCCCCCCAGAGCUCCAGUUUCUUCUGUCCCAGCUUCUCCCCCGGGCUCAGCGACGACAGCUUCCCCAUUGCCGGGGUCUACGACACAACCACAGACAACAAAUGCACCGUCAAGAUGGCAGUGGCCAAGAACAUGCUGGACCCCAUCACUGGGCAGAAGCUGCUGGAGGCCCAGGCGGCCACGGGUGGCAUCGUGGACCUCCUCAGCCGGGAGCGCUACUCCGUGCACAAGGCCCUGGAGAGGGGGCUGAUCGAGAACACCUCGGCGCAGAGGCUGCUCAACGCCCAGAAGGCCUUCACAGGCAUCGAGGACCCCAUCACCAAGAAGAGGCUGUCGGUGGGCGAGGCCAUCCAGAAGGGCUGGAUGCCCCCGGAGAGCGCGUUCCCGCACCUGCAGGCGCAGUACCUGACCGGCGGGCUCAUCGACCCCAGGAGGACAGGCCGCAUCCCGGUCCCCCAGGCUGUGCUCUCUGGGAUGAUCAGUGAAGAACUGGCGCAGCUCCUGCAGGAUGAGGCCAGCUACGAGAAGGAUCUGACAGACCCCAUCUCCAAGGAGCGGCUGAGCUACAAGGAGGCCAUGGGACGUUGCCGGAAAGACCCCCCGAGUGGCCUGCUGCUCCUCCCAGCAGCGCUGGAGGGCUACCACUGCUACCGCACAGCCUCCCCCACCGUACAGCGCUCCCUGUGCUGAUGAGGCCACGCCACUCUCACUGGGGGCGUACGAGGGGGAGAGGUAGGGUGCUUGCACCCCUUGCCCCUGGGCAGUCUAAUCCGAGGGGGUGGGCUGACUCUGUCUGAUCGCUGUUCCAUUAUUGAAGUCAGUGGUGUUGGGCUCCCUGCCCUAACGUUGAUGCCCAAUUCCUGCCCAGACCUGAAGUCCCGCAGACCUGAUUUUCCUCCCUCCCCCACCCCCUGCUUCCAAUAAACUGAUUCUGCCAGUGUCUCUUUCA